AUGCCCGUAAGGGACAAUCGCGUGCGCUCUAACGCAUGGUUUGCUUCGGAUGACGAGACGGCUAGCGAAGAGCAAUCGAAAGAUACAGCAGGGAAGUGUCGUCGUAGUGGUGGACGCAGCAUAGACAAGCAACACUUUCAUGAAGGCCGGGACCAUAGUUGGCGGGUAGACAACUUGCAGAUCUACCAAAACGGUGGCAAAGGACUUCACAUCAGGAAGCGUUGGUACACAACUGGCUUAGGGACUCACCGAAAAGUACACAAAGUACACAAAGUCCAGGGGACGCGAUACUAUAAAGGACUGCGGGCGGGCGAUGGUUGCACAAGUCGCGGCGCUGAGAUGGGUGUAAGUCCACAUAUACAAGUCCUCGACUCUCAAACUGGGACCAUCUUGCAUUCGACGCUGAAUUUGAAUGGCGCGGAGAAGGAUGCUUUGUUAAAGUCCGGCCCAAUACGCUGCUCUGCCGUAGACGAGGCUUCCACGCAUGUAAUUACUGCAGGAGAUGACAAGAAGCUAAAGGUCUGGCAACUCGAUGGGUUGAAGCUGCUCAGUGAAAGAGAGCUUCCGAAGAAGCCAACCGCGGUUCAUCUCACACGGGAUGGACAAGCAAUCCUUGUCUCUGACAAGUUCGGUGAUGUCUUUAGCUACACUCUCCAUCCAAAAUCAGCCCCUGCUCCUAGCGAGCCCUCCGAGACCUCCAAGCGCACCGCGCUCACUUCACAUGAAAACCCCUCUGACGGGGAGCUCAUCCUCGGGCACGUCUCACUACUCACUUGUUUCCUCCUUUCCACCGACGACAAGUACAUCCUCACUGCCGAUCGCGAUGAGCACAUCCGUGUAAGCUGGUUCCCGCAAGGCUACGUGAUCGAGCGCUACUGUCUUGGGCACGGAAAGUACGUUUCUGCGCUACAUGUCCCGCCGUUCGCGCCGGACACCCUCGUGUCGGGUGGCGGCGAUCCAAUGUUGAAGGUGUGGGACUGGAUGACGGGCAGAAUGUUGCUAGAUGUCCCGAUCAUGGAGACGGUGGAGCCGUUCAUCAAGGUGAGGGUUCCGAAGGGGAAGCAUGGGUGGGACGAGGGCGAGGGUGGCGAGGAGGAGGGUAUUGCAGAGGGUUCGGGGAAUACCACGGCACGACGGAAGAAGAGAGGACGCAGAGGUAGAGGGAAGGGCAAGGGAGUAAAGGAGACGGACUCGGUCGAGGGAACUCCAGAUGUGGAGGAAGGCGACGGUGAAGGGGAGCCGGAGGGUGCAGAUGAGCAAUCCAUGCAGACACAACGAGAGCCGAAAGCUACCAAGCAGAACGACGAAAGUCAUGACGAGAGGCAACGCGAGAGCAGAACAAGCGAGGAACCAGACAAGCUAGUGCUCGUUAUACACAAAAUUGCGUCAGUCGACCUGAGCCAGUACGGUCAUGUCCUCGUGUUUAGCGCAGUGGGAGCGAGCGCGCUUUUCUAUUGCGCAUUCCCCGAACCUGGCACAUUGACCCCGCCUGCCGUGCACGCACUCGAUCUCGGACAACCAGUCAUCGACUUUGUUAUUGGCCCAGAAAAUGAUACCUGGGUCCUGCUAAACCCAUUACACGGCAAGGAGGAUGGUUACGCUGACAAGUCCCAGCUUGCUGUGUUCGUGUCUUGGUCGUCGGGAACGGUGAGCAACCCCAAUUUGUCGGACACUGAGAGCAGCCCGCCUGACAUAAUACAGCCCACUAUAGUACCGACGAAGGACGCACCUCCCCUUCUUUCCGCCCUCCAAAACACUUGCGCGGUCUCUGCGACGGCAGCGGAUCUCAAAACGCUCGACCUCUAUUCGGUGCUGUCUUCCAUGCCAAAGAACGUCGAUCCCGAGCACGAUCCUCUACGACGCGACCUCCUUGCUGAGGCAGACGGGACGCCCGAGCCCGCCUCUGACAGCGCAGGCAAGGCUAGGCAGAAGAAAGAGCUUACGCAGAGAGAAUUGGCACGGCUCAAGAAAAAGCGCGCGGUGGCUGCGACGGUGCAAAAGCAAAGUCAGGCUGUGGGCCAAGAAAAGGAGGAAGGCGCUGGUCCGAUAGACGAGGGCGGUGAGAGAGAGUUUAAAAGGGCAAAGUCCGAGACUCAAGCAGAUCUUUCUGAUGUUACGCAUGAUAGUAACGCAAUGGAUGAGUCGUGA